AUGGGAGACGAUAUUAAUAGACAUAUAAGUGUAUUCCCUCAAUGUAGAGGUAUAUUAAAAGAACUUAAAGAUCAGGAUAAAGAUAAAUGGAAAAGUGAAUGUAUGAAAAUUGAGAACAAAUUACUAAAUAUCCAAAAACCAUAUUUUAAUAAUAUAUGUAAAACGGCUAUGUCAUAUUUAUAUUACCUACAUCGUUUUCAAAAUGGUGGUAUAUCUGUAGAAUCUUGUUGUCUAUAUUUGUAUUUUUGGCUAUAUAAUGAACUUAAGAAAAUAGAUAAUCCUUGUGCUACGAAAAGCAUGUAUUCAGAAAUUUUCAAUGAAUAUAAUGAAAUGCAGAUAUAUGUGUGUAAAGUACAUGCUGAUUCUAGCAUAACCGAUGAUACAUUAGAAAAAAUAAAACAAAUAUAUGAUCUGUCAAUAUGUCUAAAUGUUAUAGAAAAUAGUGUUGGAACAGAUAUAGAGACUAAGCAUUGUAGCUCAUUAAUAAGUACUAUAAAUGAAUACAAUAAAAAAAAUAUAACUCAAGCUAGCCCAGUUAGCACAGAACAAAUAUCAGUCCCUUCAAAAUCUAAUAUUGUUGAAACCAUUGUAAUUACAAUACUUGUAACAGUAGUAAUAUCAUUACUGUUAUUAAUUGGAUACAACUCUACCCCAAAUAUUUCACAUUUUUUACAUGGACUGAAGCGUAAAAUAUAUAUCAAUUAUAGUAUAGAUGAUAGAAGCAAUAUAAUGCAACAAUCAGAAGAUUUCAUGACACUAUCAAGAAAUAGCAUUUAUAAUAUGUAUAAUAAUACAGAUUAA